AUGGCCAAUAAAAAGGAGAAGGAACGUAUGCAAUGGGCCAUCCUUAUUCUCUAUGGCCUUUAUCAUACAUUUGAUCAAUGGACUAGAGUUCUUCUACCUUUCUCACAAUGGCAACUCGAACCUCGGCCAGAUCUAUUCCACCUGUUACUAUUGAAUUCUAUUGGAAAUAUAGCUGUAUUAAUUGGAAGUUUUUUUAUAGCUCAAAUUAUGCUAAUAAGUAAAAUAACCAGUUUUUACACGUUCGCAAUCAUACAACUUUUGCUAUUAGCAAAUCAUAUGCCAAUGGUAGCCGACGCAUUAACUGCACAAAUAGUUGGAGAAGAUGGUGACGAUAAAGAACGAGCGAGAUUAAUUAUGAGAUUAACCGUACCACAAAGUAUUGCAUUUGCUGCAGGACCAUAUCUUGCAAUCCAGGUCCUUUACAUUAUCAGCCCAAGCCUGGCAACUUCACAGCUUGUCUGUGGCCUGAUCCAUGUUGCUACAGCUAUCCCACUAAUCUUGAUAAUGAUCCCAACCGAAAGCAGAUCUGGUGGCAAUCGUUCACUGUUGCCCUCGCUAAGUAGUUACUUAGAUAUGGUUCGAGAUCCAGAGAUGAAAUGGUCCUUACUGUUCCUUUUGAUAGUCGCUGCCCCAUAUUCAUCUUAUGAUCAAGUAAUGCGAGCAAACCUCUCAGCUCAUAUGCUUUUCCACCCCGGUGAUAUGGCAAAACUUGCAUUACUACUUGGGUUAGCCUCCCUGACGGGAAACAUAGUAAUUCUACCUGCCCUGCAACGCCGUCUUGGUCCUCAAGCUUUAUUGCAACUAUCGUUAGUGGUUCUAACUAUAUCCUAUUUAUUCCUCAGUUACUACCGCGAAUACCAGCACCUCCUAUUUGGCAUGCCCUUGCAGGCGCUAGGAGUCUGUAUGGCAUACGGUCAACUGUCGGCCCAAAUAAUGGGAAAAGCUGGAAGAGGAGAUACUGGAAAGGCUGCAGCGUUAAAUAGAGGAGCUCAACUGAUCGCGACUGCUAUGGCACCACUUAUCACCGGCUAUUAUAUCGAUACAAAUGAGAGCAAAAUACUCUGCUAUAUAAGUGCUGUUAUAAGUCUGAUUGGGAUUGCACUUGUUCAUCAGUUCGGAAUUAAUGAAAAGCUAAUAAGUAUUCAAUUUUGUGACAAUUCAGAGCAUCAGACAAUCAAAGACGAAUUUCCCCCACAUCCCCAGGAAUUUGAAAGAAAGAUCGUGUUGGAGAGACGAAACGAAAGUAAAAUUAGGUCGUUGAGCACAAUCCCUGUUGUGUACUGCAUAAGGACCAAACGCCACACCUUUUACUCACAAACGGCCCCAACCAGACGCUCGCGACAACUGCGUUUUCUGUUUGCUUUUUUAUGUCAUCUAUCAAUCUCUGAUUCUCAUCACAUAAUUACCGGUGUUUUUUCCCAUUCUUCUAUUCAAAAUGGAUCGAAAACAGCGGAUUAUUCUCGUACUCUGUGUAAUAUAUGGCAUCUGGAACUUGGGCACCCAAUGGACAACAACCUUACUGUCCUUUCUACAGUGGGAUACCAUUCAUGUAACUCUUUAACAUCAUUCUUAAAAACAGUGAUGACCAUUGUUGACAUUGGCUAUAUUCAAUCUUUUGGAAGCCUUUGUAAUGCUAUCGGAGCCCUUGCUGUUGGCGAGCUCGCUGAUUCAAUGGGAGCCAAAUCAAUGUUCCUGUUUUCCGCUUUGGUAACCUCAGUUUACUAUUCGCUGCUUGGUUUCGCAAAAUGCUGGUACUCAUUCUUCUUCCUCCAGUUACUGCGCAUCGGAUAUCAACUUGACGCUACAGCAGAAAUGUACUUAGCAACAGUCACUACUGAGAGAGAAAGAACCAUUGCACUUAUGCGUUUGACUGUACCUCAGGCCCUUGCAAUGUUCUUCGGUCCAAUGUUAGCCUCUCAACUAGCCGUCUAUACCACACUCCGUUUAUCACAAACUAUUUGCGGAAUUAUCAUGCUAGUCACAUUGGUUCCUGCUGUGUAUAAACUGCUCCCUGAGACUCAUUCAAUUCCCAAGCUAGCAACAGCCAGACUAAGACCUCAAGAUUAUUUGCCAAUGGUAAAACGGAACUCAGCUCUCAGAGAAGGGCUCCUACUCCGUGGACUUCUUAUCGCGGCUUACGUCUGCUACGAACUCAUUUCAAGGAAUUUCCUAUUAAGAUCUUUCAUGCAGGGGCCACACGAUUCUGCAAAAGUUUUGAUUGUUAUGGGUGCUUCUUUACUGGUCGUCCAGUUCUUCAUUUUGCCAACACUUCAAAGACGUUUUUCUCCUAAAGCAGUCCUCCAAAUUGCGCUGGCUUGUCUUACUUGUUCAUACAUGGCUGUGAACUUUACUACAAGUCUUGCGCAGCUACUUAUAGUUAUUGCUAUACACACUGCAUCUUACGCAGUUGCCUAUGCAGAAAGCUGCACACAAAUUACAAGCGCCGUCGACGUAGCAGAUGUCGGAAAAGCAACAGGACUGGCGUCAACAGCUCAGUGGAUUGCUCAUUUCUUUGUACCAAUAUAUACUUCUCAUGUAGUACAAUCAUGGCAUUACACGUACGCAUUUCAUACUAGCGCUAUUCUUUCAGUAGCAACCCUGCUUUACGUCACUCUUAUCACAAAACAUUCAAACGCUCGAAUGCAUUCCUUAUUACCACACAUUGGUAUAGCGUAA